CUCCCUCGUUCCCUACAGUCGUCUUUCCUACGGAGAAGACGGACACAGGUGCAGGGCAAGCCACGGGUGUGGCAGACAGUCCUCAAGGCAAAGAUGUGGUAGACGCCGUGUUACAGGCACUGACAGUGGAUGAGCGUCAGGCCAGUAAUACCAACAAUGUCCUCAGUAACUCCUGCUUCACUCCAGACGGCCAGAGUGGGAGAUGUGUAUCCCUGAGUCUGUGUCCACGCUACCAGUCAUUCUUCCCACAUAUAAGGAACCCUAACGUCUUCGCCUUCUUCAGGGCUCGCAUAUGCAGAGUGCUCCCUGGAACGCUCUACUUCUGCUGCUCCAAUGGAGGAUUUAGCCAGUCUCAAGCCAUGACGGCUCCCAGUCUCUCACAGCGACAACCAACGAUUAUCUUAGCUCCUAAUCCCUCACAGCGACAAACCUCGAGCAUCACAGCAGCAUCCAGUCCUUCCCAGCAGCUUCCGGCAUCCAUCACCGCCGUUCAAGGCAUCUGCGGCAUUCCGACUGGAGACAGGGUCGUUGGAGGUCUGGAAGUAGCCUACCCAGGUCGCUGGCCCUGGUUAGCUGCUGUGGGCUUCAAGCGAUCUUCAGAGUUCUUCACGAGCUGUGGAGGCUCGCUCAUCACACGAAGACACGUCCUUACCGCAGCUCACUGCUUCAAACCCAACACACAAAAUAAUCCGAGAAACGUGCGCCUGGGAGAGUUCAGCUUGACGCGGUCUGACGACGGUGCUGCGCCCCAGGACUUCCUCAUCUCGGGUCGUCGUGGUCUUCCAUACAACGACAUCACCAAGGAAAACGACCUUCUGAUUCUGGUCCUGGACCACGACGCUCAGCUCGGUGGUCUGGUUAGCCCUGUGUGUCUGCCCUUCAACGAGAGGAACAACAAUCUGGAGGGUGCGAGGCUGACUGUGGUGGGGUGGGGCAGGACAACAGAGAAAGGGCGAGGCUCCGACGUGCCCAUGGAGGCAGACGUGCCCCUGGUACCCAGCAACGUCUGCAGGGCCGCCUUCCAGAGGGUACAGAACCGUCCUAUGGUGGACCACAGGAAUCUGUGUGCUGGCCUCGGGAACCGCGACUCUUGUAGUGGUGACAGUGGUGGUCCUCUCAACUACCGUGGCCAGGAUGGCAGGUACUACCUGGUAGGUGUUGUGUCCUUUGGUGUUGGUUGCGCCCGUGCUGCCUUCCCCGGGGUCUACACCAGAGUGACCACCUUCCUCGACUGGAUCAUCACUAAUGUCCAGUAGGCCUGGAAACCAACAUCCAGUAGGUCUGGAAACCACCAACGUCCAGUAGGCCUGGAAACCACCAACGUCCAGUAGACCUGGAAACCACCGGCGUCCAGUAGGCCUGGAAAUCACCAGCGCCCAGUAGGCCUGGAAAUCAACAUCCAGUAGGCCUGGAAAUCAACAUCCAGUAGGCCUGGAAACCACCACAUCCAGUAUGCCUGGAAACCACCAACGUCUAACAGUCCUUGAAACCACCAACGUCCGGUAGGCUUGGGAACCACCAACGUUCAGUAGUCCUAAAAACCAAUAUCCAGUAGGCCUGCUAACCACUAACGUCAAAUAGUUCUGGAAACCAUCUGUCAUCGACAAAGAUGUAAGAAGGAGGUGAAAGUGUAUAAAUUAAGGAAGGAGGAAGUUCGGGUGAGCUAUAAGCAACUGUUGACAGAAAGGUGGGCUGGUGCAAGUAUGAGUAGUGCGGGGGUUGAAGAGGUUUGGAAUAGUUUUAAAAAUGCAGUAUUAGAAUGCGGGGCAGAAGUUUGUGGUUAUAGGAGGGUGGGUGCAGGAGGAAAGAGGAGUGAUUGGUGGAAUGAUUAAGUAAAGGGUGUCGAUAAAAGAGAAAAAUGUAGCUUAUGAGAAGUUUUUACAAAGAAGUGUUAUACGAAGAGUAGAGUACAUGGAGAGUAAAAGAAAGGUGAAGAGAGAGUGCAGAAGGAGAGCAGAUGAUAGAGUGGGAGAGGCACUGUCAAGAAAUUUUAAUGAAAAUAAGAAAAAAAUUUGGAGCGAGUUAAACAAGUUAAGAAAUCCUAGGGAACGAAUGGAAAUGUCAGUUAAAAACAGAGUAGGGGAGUUAGUAGAUGGGGAGAUGGAGGUAUUGGGUAGAUGGCGAGAAUAUUUUGAGGAACUUUUAAAUGUUGACGAAGAAAGGGAGGCGGUAAUUUCAUGCACUGGCCAGGGAGGUAUACCAUCUUGUAGGAGUGAAGAAGAGCAGGAUGUAAGUGUGGGGGAGGUGACGUGAGGCAUUGCGUAGAAUGAAAGGGGGUAAAGCAGCUGGAACUGACGGGAUCAUGACAAAUGUUAAAAACAGGGGGGGACAUAGUGUUGGAGUGGUUGGUAUUUUUGUUUAAUAAAUGUAUGAAAGAGGGGAAGGUACCUAGGGAUUGGCAGAGAGCAUGUAUAGUCCCUUUAUAUAAAGGGAAGGGGGACAAAAGAGAUUAUAAAAAUUAUAGAGGAAUAAGUUUACUGAGUAUACCAGGAAAAAUGUACGGUAGGGUUAUUAUUGAAAGAAUUAGAGGUAAGACAGAAUGUAGGAUUGUGGAUGAGCAAGGAGGUUUUAGAGUGGGUAGGGGAUGUGUAGAUCAAGUGUUUACAUCGAAGCAUAUAUGUGAACAGUAUUUAUAUAAAGAUAGGGAAGUUUUUAUUGCAUUUAUGGAUUUAGAAAAGGCAUAUGAUAGAGUGGAUAGGGAAGCAAUGUUGCAGAUGUUGCAAGUGUAUGGAAUAGGUGGUAAGUUACUAAAUGCUGUAAAGAGCUUUUAUGAGGUUAGUGAGGCUCAGGUUAGGGUGUGUAGAAGUGAGGGAGACUACUUCUCGGUAAAAGUAGGUCUUAGACAGGGAUGUGUAAUGUCACCAUGGUUGUUUAAUAUAUUUAUAGAUGGGGUUGUAAAAGAAGUUAAUGCUAGGGUGUUCGGGAGAGGGGUGGGAUUAAAUUAUGGGGAAUCAAAUACAAAAUGGGAAUUGACACAGUUACUUUUUGCUGAUAAUACUGUGCUUAUGGGAAUUUCUAAAGAAAAAUUGCAAAGGUUAGUGGACGAGUUUGGGAGUGUGUGUAACGGUAGAAAGUUGAAAGUGAACAUAGAAAAGAGUAAGGUGAUGAGGGCAUCAAAUGAUUUAGAUAAAGAAAAAUUGGAUAUCAAAUUGGGGAGGGAGUAUGGAAGAAGUGAACGUUUUCAGAUAUUUGGGACUUGACGUGUAAGCAGAUGGAUUUAUGAAGGAUGAGGUUAAUCAUAGAAUUGAUGAAGGAAAAAAGGCAAGUGGUGCAUUGAGGUAUAUGUGGAGACAAAAAACGUUAUCUAUGGAGGCACAGAAGGGAAAUGUAUGAAAGUAUAAUAGUACCAAUGCUCUGAUAUGGGUGUGAAGCUUGGGUUGUAAAUGCUGCAGCGAGGAGGCGGUUGGAGGCAGUGGAGAUGCCCUGUUUAAGGGCAAUGUGUGGUGUGAAUAUUAUGCAGAAAAUUCAGAGUGGUAAUUAGGAGAAGGUGUGGAGUUAAUAAAAUUAUUAGUCAGAAGGCUGAAGAGGGGUUGUUGAGGUGGUUUAGUCAUUUAGAGAGAAUGCAUCAAAGUAGAAUGACAUGGAGAGCGUAUAAAUCUGUAGGAGAAGGAAGGCGGGGUAGGGGUCGUCCUCGAAAAGGUUGGAGGGAGGGGGUAAAGGAGGUUUUGUGGGCGAAGGGUUUGGACUUCCAGCAAGCGUGCGUGAGCGUGUUAGAUAGGAGUGAAUGGAGACGAAUGGUAUUUGGGAUCUGACGAGCUGUUGGAGUGUGAGCAGGGUAAUAUUUAGUGAAGGGAUUCAGGGAAACCGGUUUUUAUAUAGCCGGACUUGAGUCCUGGACUCAAGUCCGGUUAUAUAAAAUAACACUUGCAACAUCUGCCACAUUGCUUCCCUAUCCACUCUAUCAUAUGCCUUUUCUAAAUCCAUAAAUGCAAUAAAAACUUCCCUAUCUUUAUCUAAAUACUGUUCACAUAUAUGCAUCGAUGUAAACACUUGAUCUACACAUCCCCUACCCACUCUAAAACCUCCUUGCUCAUCCGCAAUUCUACAUUCUGUCUUACCUCUAAUUCUUUCAAAAAUAACCCUACCGUACACUUUUCCUGGUAUACUCUGUAAACUUAUUCCUCCAUAAUUUUUACAAUCUCUUUUGUCCCCCUUCCAAUCCUUAGGUACCUUCCCCUCUUUCAUACAUUUAUUAAACAAAAAUACCAACCACUCCAACACUAUAUCCCCCCCUGCUUUUAACAUUUCUGUCAUGAUCUCAUCAGUUCCAGCUGCUUUACACUCUUUACAAGGGCUGUAUCUGGAUGCUGGUUAAGGGCUUUUGAGCUAGUAAAUUGGAGGUACCAUUUUCCUAGGAUCAAACCUGAUAACAUCCCAUUUCUUAGGUAUUUUAUGUUCCCUACGGCUUAGCGCUUCCAAGUGACUGUAUUUCAUCUGUUGGUACAGCGCAUAAUUCCAAAUUUUGCCAGAAUCCUUCAAUUUAUGAAGUAUCAAAUUUGGCGCAGAUACCCUUUAAAGUAUCGUCUUUCAUGUGAGGAUGGAUGCCAAGAAUAAUCUCAAGGUUAAAGAGUGAAACUUUUAGGCUGAAGUGGACAACUAUUUUGAUUACAUUUUAUAAAUAAAAAGGAUCGAGAGGCGAACACUGUUUUUGUGAUAGUGCACAUCUGAAGAGUGCAGAUCUUACAAUGCUAGGUUUAGCUAGGAGUUUAUUAUUACGAAGCUGUAUUGCGCACUCACGUGCUGAUUUAUGUCCUUAGUGUCUGUCCAGUUCAGUGGAACAUCAAACAUUUUACAAAAUCAUUACUUGGGAAUAUAUGGCUUGAAGAUGCCAGGCUCUGGAUGGUUAAUUUGUUUUGUUCUAGUUCAUUAACCAAAGACUUAUUUUUGGCUCUCUCCAGUUUAACCUUCGAAAAAUUUAGAUACAAAGCAGUAUACUACUAAACUUACUAUGAUACUAACUUACUAUGAUACUAACAUUUUUAUGCUAUAACUACCAUGUAACGGUUUAUUGUAACCUUUCAGGAUCUAUAGCCAUUGGAACAUUGCUUAUGCUUUUGAAGUAGCAAAAUUUGUAGCAAUUGAAUCAUAACCAUAACAUGUUUUUCGCAUUAGCCGGACGCAGUUUUUUUUUUAAUCACAGAAGUCUUUGACGGUAAACAAAUUUGCCAAUCUCUCUGACCUUGGCUGCAAGAAGAGGCCUUGAAUAAGUUCGCAUUGUGUGACGCCCUUACAUUAUUAUUAUAAUCAAGGGGGAAGCGCUAAACCCGGAGGAUUAUACAGCGCCUGGGGGGGGGGAUGUGGAAGGCAUUCAGGCUUAAUUCGGGGAACUGGAGCACAGAUCCAAUUCCCUAAAUCAAGAGCCCCUCACCAACAUCAAGGAACCUUCCUUGAGGGGACGCCCUUACAGCAAUAGAAAGAAGCCACCACCAAAAUAAAGCAUGUACUCUUACAUAGGUUGUGGAUGUAGCAUCUUUAUCCUAUACGUUUCGGCCCCGGGACCUUGGUCACUCCAAAUGUUACAAAAUAGCAGAGGCGUCGUAAGGGGGAGGCGGGCGGUCCGCCCCGGGUGACACCAUAGAGCCUCUAAAGAAGGUAACACUAAUGACCAAAACCAUGCUGCAGCAACCUAAGAGAAAAAUUCUUCGUUUCUAUAUAGCCUAUUAUAGGAUUACAUAGUACAAAUAGGCCUAUAUAGGGAGAAUCAUUGAUUUUGAUGAUGUGAUAGAUGAUUUUGCAGGAUUAAAGGCAAGGAAAUGAAAUAUCAGAUUCUUUGAGAUGUUACCUGUGCUCAAGGUUAAAUCGGAACUAGUGUUUUUCUUAAUUUUUCAAGUUUUUUUUUUCAUUGUUGAAGAUGAAUAAAUGUAGGAUCUGUUGCCUGUACUCAAAGUGGUAUUUGAGUUUGUGUUUCCUCAGUAUUACUACGAUUAUUUAUUUUAUGAUUAAUGAAGUUCGGUUUAUGGCCCUUAAACGUUCUUAUUGCUAAACAUUAGUCACUGGUCAUGCAGCAGUGAUGUAACUGGAGUUUACUACCCCUAUCCCCCCGCCCUUGGAUUUCAUGGGGGUUACACCAAAGAUGUCACCCCGGGUGACACCAGCCCUAGCGAUGCCUUUGCAAAAUAGAACAUGUCACUGAUGAAGGUCAGGUGAAGGCUAACGUCAGGUUAUCUAAAAUAGCCUUGUUACUUGGCAGUAGUAAAUCAUCGUCUAGCAGUAAAUCAGCAUGUAGUAGUAUAUGUGCAAGAGUAAUUGAGAUGAAUAAAUAACAAAAAGGCACAAUACCGUGACUGGAACGAUACACAAAUAACCCGCACAUAAAAGAGAAGCUCCUCUUUUAUGUGCGGAUUAUUUGUGUAUGUAAUUGAGAUGAUGUAUUUGGCAGCUCUUAGUUAUAUGGUGUAAGUACCAACUAGGGAUACUUUAAUACAGUGGCUCCUAUUAGAGUUUGAUUCUCUGUAGAUCAGUUCUACCUUGUUUGAGUGUAUGAGAUGCUCUCUCUCUAAAUGUGCAAAACACGAGCAUUGCUGGUGUAGUCCCGGUUGUACGCAUUUCUGUUCUCGGACCCGUGUGGAAAGAUUCCUUCAUGUUUCUCCCAUAUAGGUGUUGCUAUACCCUCCGCCUGGUAUAGCGUAUACUUCUGCUUCACUGUUGGGUUUGUCACAGGAAACUUUCUACAAUCCUGGUGAGGUCUCUGAUGGCAGACGUGGUCAUGGUAGCUACGUGGAUGUUGCUUCUUGAUUAUUAUCAAAAUGAAGCGCUAAAUCCAUUAGGGUCAUACAGUGCUGCAGGGCAGGGGAUGUUGCAGGAUCAUAGUAUAGAAAGGUUGGAGAGGAUAGAGGUAGAGUUAGAAAGGGCUGUGAGGAGUGCUAAAGGCAGUUUGUUGCUUCAUGAAAGGGCCUUUGUGGUGUUGGCUAGCUGCAGUGAGGGCGCUGGAAUCUCCAGCGGGUUAGGUACUUUGGUGGGUCGUCAUGACUGUCUUAAGGUGUCAUUUGUAAUUUAGUGCAGUGGCGAAGAUUCUUAUUAUAUACACUCGGUUAAGUUCUGUAGCGAGUUUUUACUAAUAAAUAUUAACAUAUUACAGUCGCCUGUUACAGUUUCUAGUGACGUAGUUGAUUGUGUACCUUUAUUAUUAGAGGCAGUCGGAUUCGAUCCAAGGAAUGAGCAGCUCCAAUUCUUUGGAUCAAGAACCCUUCACCCCCUCCAAUUCUCCCUCUGCCAUGUAUCGCCUUAAAAGCUCUGAUACGAGGCUGAGUGACCCCUAUGGGUUUGGUGCCUCCCACUAAAAUUAAUAUACUGUUUAGUGAAAAAAAUUGCACAAUGUUUUUUCUCAUUUUUAUUAUGCCGGUGAGGCUCGGGAUCCAAGGGAUUGGACCAUUCCACCCUCAUAAUUAUUAUUAUAAUAAAAAAGAAGCGCUCCCACCCUCAUAAGGGUUUAGCACUUCACGCAUUAUACAGGUAAAUAUAUUUAUAUUAUAUAACUUUCAUAAUUUUUUUAUAUACAUUUCAUACAUAUGUAAAACUUGCCACCAGAGGAUUGAUUAUAAAAAAGAAGCGCUAAACCCACUAGGGUCACGAGAUGACAACACGGGGCUAUGUAGGUGGCCCGUGCCAUGGUGGCUAAAGCUCUCGCACCCCGUGUGAUUUAGCGCUUCUUUUUUAUAAUAAAGCUCUCGCUUCACUCGGCGAGGGUCUGGGUUCGAUUCCCUUCGAGGGUAGAAACAUUGAGCGUGUUUCUUUACACUGGUUGUCUAUGUUAACCAGUCAGUAAAAUGAGUACCUGGGUGUUAGUCGACUGGUGCGAGUCGCAUCCUGGGACAAAACUGACCUAAUUUGCCCAAAAUGCUCUGCAUAACAAGCAGCUGUCUAUAUAGUAGUACGUCAUUGAUGUCAGCUAGGACUGUAUACCUUGUACUUGUAGUAAAUAAAGAUAUUAGAUUAUGA